AUGUCUAAGUUUUACGAAUUAGCACCAAAGGACAAAAAGGGCGAACCAUUCCCAUUCACUCAGCUAGAAGGUAAAGUUGUUUUAAUUGUCAACGUUGCUUCCAAGUGCGGGUUCACUCCUCAAUAUAAGGAACUAGAAGCUUUGUACAAGAAGUACGAGGAUAAAGGGUUCAUUGUGUUGGGUUUCCCAUGUAACCAGUUUGGACAUCAAGAGCCAGGUACUGAUGAAGAGAUUUCUCAGUUCUGUCAACUAAACUACGGUGUUUCUUUCCCAAUCUUGAAGAAGGUUGAUGUGAACGGUUCUGAAGCUGACCCAGUCUACGACUUCUUGAAGAACGAAAAAUCCGGAUUGUUGGGUUUCAAGGGUAUCAAAUGGAACUUUGAAAAAUUCCUUGUUGACAAGAAGGGUACCGUUGUUGAAAGGUACAGUUCUUUGACUAAGCCAUCUUCGUUAGAAGAACCUAUUGAAAAAUUGUUGAAUGAAUAA